AAUUGAUCCGGUUUUUGACCCUAGACGCAGGGCGUGUCAUCGUAUGCGCAACUGUCACGUAUAAAUGCUGCGCCAGCGCUCAUCUCAGCACACUGACGGACAAACACUCGACAUGGCAGUCAAAAUUACAACUCUCUUCUGCAUGGUAGCAGCGGCUGCGGCCGUGGUCGUGGAGGUCGCCCCCGAGGCAGUCCAGGUCGCGCCCACCGCCAAGGUGCUCUACGAGGAGCCCGAGGCCCCCGCCCAGUACGAGUACGAGUACUCCGUCCACGACCAGCUCUCCGGAGACUCUAAACAAGCCAAAGAGAACCGCAACGGAGAUGCUGUCCACGGAUUCUACACUCUCGUUCAGCCCGAUGGCGUGCAGCGCAUCGUGGAGUACACUGCUGAUAAGAUCCACGGGUUCAACGCUGUGGUUCGCUACGAGGGAGCGCCCCAGAAGGUCGCGUACGCGGCUGCUCCCGCCCCGGUAGCCUACGCUCAGCCGGUUGCCAAAGUAGCCUACGCUCCUGCACCAGCUCAAGUGGCUUAUGCUCAACCUGUCGCCAAAGUAGCCUACGCUCCUGCACCAGCUCAAGUGGCUUAUGCUCAACCUGUCGCCAAAGUAGCCUACGCUUCUGCACCAGCCCAAGUGGCUUAUGCUCAACCUGUCGCCAAAGUAGCCUACGCUCCUGCACCAGCGCAAGUGACUUAUGCUCAACAUGUUGGCAAAGUAGCGUAUGCCCCGGCGCCGGCACCAGUGGCCUAUGCCCAACCUGUCGCCAGAGUGGCCUACGCCCCGGCGCCAGCGCCCGCUAUAAGCUACGCGCAGCCCAUCCCGUACGCGCAACCAGCUCCCGUGGCCUACGCUCAGCACGCCGCCAAGGUCGCCUAUGCCCAGCCCGGCGCUAAUGUCGCGUACGCACCUGCUCCCGUGGCGUAUGCCCAAGCUCCGGCCGCUCACCACGUGGCCUACGCGCCGGCCCCUCACGCCUACCCCACCCACGUCGGCCAUGUUACCUACUCAUCGCCAGCUGUCUCGUACCAACAUUAAGUACUUAAUUGUUAAGUUAGUAUUUAUUUUAAUACAUCACUAUAGCCUAUAAAUCGAA